UUGAUAUCGAAGUUCUCACGGAUCGUCUCCAUUGCACCAUGGCUUUGUGGCGACCCUGGCGAUACUGCCGCAUCAGCUUUAGGCGUGCACGGCAGUUAAGAGGCGUUUACAUCUUGAUAGCCGCUUUUCUAGGGAGCGUCGCGCUUCACCUCAUCUUCGACGAGGCCUCUCUGCUUGACGCCUUGCCUUCCUUCAUCCGUUCGGUCCUGUUGCUGCUCCUUCCUGGGACGGUGGUCACGGAACCUCUGACCUCUUACGUUAACCAGUUCAUCGGGACCACCAAUGGCGGUCAUGUCUUCGCUGGUGCUACCUUGCCCUUUGGUGUGGUUAAGGCGGUCGUCAACUCCGAUUCUAAGGAGAACUUAGGUGGAUACGUUUCCGAUGGGAGUCCAAUACGUGGCAUUUCUCCCCUUCACGAUGAUGGAACCGGUGGCAGUCCCAGCAUGGGUCAAUUUCAAGUACUCCCAAUGUACUGCUCCUCCUUAUCACACUGCCCUACUGCGGAAUCCGAUAGAAAAGUUUCGCUAAUAUCUGAGACGAUUGUUGGUAGCCCCGGCUAUUUCGGCACUGGCCUAGCCUCGAACAUCACCGCGGAGGUCACUGUUUCCCAUCACGCUGCUUUACAUCGCUUCACUUUUCACAACUACUCUUCGUCAUCGACCGACAUCCCAACCAUUUUAUUCGAUCUGACAAAUGACCUUGGUCAUUCAUUCCAUGACACUGGGAUGUUGAAGAUGGAAUUUAAUCGCUUUCCGGGAACCCUGCGUACGAGUGGCAGUGGUUCUUAUAAUCCUAGUUUUGGCGAUAAGGAUUAUAAAGUCCAUUACUGUAUCGAUAUCCCCAACGUCAACUCUGCAGGUUUUUAUACGGACAAUCAUUUUCAACCAGUAUAUAUACCCACCUCCGUCCUAACCUCCGACCAAGAUUCCGGGAUUUUGGUGUCCCUCUCCCCCGGUGCAUUGCAUGCAUCCGGGAACGUAGCUUAUGCGCGUAUUGGCGUUUCAUGGACUUCACCUUCCCAGGCCUGUCAGUAUGCUGGAACAGAGAUUCCGACCAUUGGGGAAGAAGCAUUUCGUUCCACCGAAGUGUCUGCAUCAAACGCAUGGGAGAAUAUUCUUGGAACAAUACAAGUGGACCUUUCAGGUGUUAGUAAUGACACCAUAGUGAAUUUCUAUUCGUCGCUGUACCGGGCUUAUAUUUCGCCGAUGAAUUUGACUGGCGACAAUCCUCUAUGGCACUCUAGCGAACCAUAUUACGAUAGCUACUAUUGCAUAUGUAGGCAUUUAAGUACAUCCUCUCUAUGCUAUCGCCACCGAACGGUUCAGGCUGAGGUCGUUCGGGCGCUCAUUGACAUUUAUCGACAUCUGGGGUUUCUUCCUGACUGUCGCAUGUCCUUAGACAAGGGUUACACUCAAGGGGGAUCGAAUGCCGAUAGUGUUCUAUCGGAUUCGUACACGAAGGGAAUUACGGAGGGGAUCGACUGGUCGGAUGGUUUAGCCGCCAUGAUCAAGGACGCCACCGUCACUCCUCCCAACUGGGCAUUCGAGGGACGUGGUGGGAUCGAAAGACGUGCACAGCUUGGUUACGUGCCCUUAGACGAUGAUACUCCGAAUGGUUUAAUGGGAAGGAGUGCUUCAAGGACUCUUGAGUAUGCGUUCAAUGAUUUUGGGAUCGCGAUUACUGCCGAUGGAUUGGGCAAGGCGGACAUCACUUCUCAUUAUUUGAAUGCUUCCGGAGAUUGGCAGCACUUGUGGAACCCAACAACACAGAAUUCAGGGUACUCAGGUUUCAUUCAACCCCGAUGGAGUGACGGGUCUUGGCACAAUGUUGAUCCUCGCUACUGUAGCCCACAAUUGAAACCUCACGGUUGCUACUUGGGUGACGCCGUGGAAUUCUACGAAGCCUCGAGCUGGGAAUACAGCUUCUAUGUACCACAUGAUAUGGCACGACUUGUGACACUCAUGGGUGGCCAAAGAACAUUUCUGGAUCGCCUGGAUGCCUUGUUCGACCUAGGGUUCCAUGACAUGGGUGAUGAACCAGGCUUCUUGCACCCUUUCCUAUACAACUAUGCAGGUCGACCUGACAAAACAGUUGAUCGAGUUCUCAUAUUGCUCAAUACUUACUACAAUACCGGAUUUGGGGGUAUUCCUGGAAACGAUGAUUCUGGCGCAAUGGGUGGCUUUGUGGUUUUUUCCUGCUUUGGUUUCUACCCCGUAGCUGGCACUGGAAUAUACCUCAUUUCUACCCCACUGUUCCGCACUAUCACAUAUCCUGCCUCUACCCCAGGCAAAUCUGCAGUAAUUACCACAGUCAACUUUGACAGCGCCGUGAGGAACAAAUACGUUGUGUCCGCAAAAUUGAAUGGAGUGCCGUUUACAAGGAAUUGGUUCGCCCAUCGCGAACUUUUCGGGAAAGGAGGCACUUUGGAACUGACACUCGGACCCGCACCUUCAACUUGGGGCACUGCGGAUGCAGAUUUACCGCCCUCGAUUUCUACCAGCCCAUUAUCCAGGUUUUCGUAGGGAUGAACACCUUAUCUGUGGACUUUGAAUGCGUCAAUGAAAAGUUCUGACCAGACAGUCCCCGCAGGGACCGCAGAAAAGGUUCUGGUGGCUUAGACGGUUGUGAAGAUGGAACAUAAGAGUGGCGGAGUUGUAUUUUGUUCUCACAAGUUGAUACUGAAUUUGACGGCUUUCACGACCUACAUCUGCAU